AUGCCACGAAUCAGGUCCACUAGUACGACUUUGCAGAAUCUUGACGACACCAUUGGCGCAUAUCUCAUCGGGCUAGUCGCGAGCUCCAUUCUGUAUGGCAUCAUUUGCAAUCAGGCAUGGACAUACUUCUUCACCUAUCGUGAUCGGUUGUUUCUGAGGGGGACUGUCAUCGCAUCACUUACCCUCGUGACAGUCCACACUGCCCUUCAUACUCACGCCUCGUAUGUCAUGUUCGUUACGAACUUCUCCAGAUAUACGGGAUUGGAUCGAAUUUGUAUUCUCGACCUCGAGUUACUUGUAGGGCGUUAUUGUUCUCAUCUGCCAAGUGUUCUACGCGAUCCAGGUUUACCAAUUGGGGAGAAAGAAAUGGAUUAUAGCGAUAAUGAUAGGUGGGCCCCUACCAAUAUCAUAUUAGUACCACGGUCCACGGGCAUUGAUAAUAACUUUUCCACUGGCACAGGUCUUACGAUCGUCCAAAUAGGAUUUAGUCUGGCGCUCUGUGUCAGUGUUCUCGGACGAACAUUUGGCAGUACAGGAUCUGGCACAUAUCUCAUGGAGCUUGCAACCGGAAGCCAGAGAUAUCUGCUCAUAGUACCCCUGGCUUUGACCAUGGUAGGAGAUAUCUUAUGUGCCACCACGCUCUGCUAUCACUUGCAAGCAAAUUGGACUGGGAUACGUCGGACGGAUACACUCAUACAAAGACUGAUGGUAUACGCCGUCAGUACUGGAGCUCUCGUCGGUGCGGGAGUGCUCACCAUACUGCUUACCAUGGUCCUCCGUCCCGACUCGUACAUUUUUGUCGGACUCUUCGAAGUGUUUGGAAACUUAUACGUUUUAUCACUGUUAGCAAGACUCAACUCCCGAAUACCACCGAGUCCCGCACGCCCUAUCAAUGUCACCAAUAACGAGGAGCAUUACAUGACGAGUCUUCGGUUUGAAGACUGUCUUGAAGGCACCGUUCAAACACUCGAUUCGGUUGCAAGCACGCGAGCGCACCCGAACUCAAAGCAGAGCAACGCAGGUGACGGGAAGUUUGACAAUCAAAUCCUGCCGCUCGGAUCUUCAGCUCAUCACAUCGCAGACGGUCCGGAAAGUAUAUUACCACGAGACGAUCAGGGUUCCUGAAGCCAUGGGCACUCUACAUCACCUCCGCACAUCGCAGCCAAGAAGGGAGAGCCUACCGUACGUCAGACAUUGUU